UACCGAUACUUUGCGAGUCCGCUCCCCAAGAUUGAGCCCCCACAGCGUAAAAGCGACCGAGGUGCCGGCGACGAGAGCAGUUCGUUUCCAGAAGCCGGCAGCAGUGGUCCGUUGACAACUCCGAUUCCAGCUACUCAUCCACCACGUCGAUACUCUUGUCUGUCUUUUGCAAACAUAGAGGAGUCACCCUUUGGCUAACGAAUCCGAAACUUUCGAGUGUUGUUGUGCAACAUAUUAAAAACCGCAUUUGUUCGGAUCCAAUUCACAUUCGUAUUCGCAAGAUGUCGUACCACAAGCCCGAAGCCAAGACUGUCCAGGAUCUGAAAGAUCUGGCCCAGAAGCUGCGUAUUCACUCCAUCAACGCCACCCAGGCCUCCAAAUCGGGCCAUCCCACAUCAUGUGCCUCGAUCGCCGAGAUCAUGUCCGUGCUGUUCUUCCAGCAGCUGCGUCUGAACUUGAAGCACCCGCGCGACCCCUCCAGCGAUCGAUUCAUCCUGUCCAAGGGACACGCCGCCCCCAUUCUGUAUGCCGCUUGGGCUGAGGCCGGUCUCUUCCCGAUCGAGGAUCUGAACAACCUGCGCAAGAUCGACAGCGAUCUGGAGGGUCACCCGACGCCUCGUCUGAACUUCAUCGAUGUGGGCACAGGAUCCCUUGGACAGGGUGUCGCCGUCGGCGCUGGAAUGGCCUAUGUGGGCAAGAACUUCGACAAGGCCGACUAUCGCACCUAUGUGGUCGUCGGUGAUGGUGAGUCCGCCGAGGGUUCCAUCUGGGAGUCGCUGCACUUUGCCGGCCACUACAAACUGGACAACCUUUGCGUGAUCUUCGAUGUGAACCGCUUGGGUCAGUCGGAGGCCACCUCCCUGCAGCAUAAGCUGGAUGUUUACCGGGAUCGUCUGGAGGCCUUCGGCUUUAACGCUGUCGUUGUCGAUGGUCACGAUGUCGAGGAGUUGACCAAGGCUUUCCAUUGUGCUGCGAUCACCAAGAACAAGCCCACCGCCAUCAUUGCAAAGACCUUCAAGGGCAAGGACUUCCCCAAUAUCGAGGAUUUGGACAACUGGCACGGCAAGCCACUGGGCGACAAGGCCGCCGAAGUGGUGAAGCAUCUGCAGGGACUGAUUGUCAACAAGGAUGUCAAACUGGCCCCCAAGCCGGUGUCCAAGACUGGUGCUGCUCCCGAUGUCGACAUCAGCAACAUUAAGUUGAGCUCGCCACCCGCCUACAAGCUGGGUGAUUCCAUUGCCACCCGAUUGGCGUAUGGUACAGCUCUGGCCAAGAUUGGCCAGAAUAACCAGCGUGUGGUUGCCCUGGACGGAGACACCAAGAACUCUACUUUCUCCGACAAGCUGAAGAACCUCGACCCGGAACGCUACAUUGAGUGCUUCAUUGCUGAGCAGAAUCUUGUGGGAGUGGCCGUAGGAGCCGCCUGCCGUCGUCGCACAGUCGCCUUUGUGUCCACCUUUGCCACUUUCUUCACCCGUGCCUUCGAUCAGAUCCGUAUGGGCGCCAUCUCACAGACGAACGUUAACUUUGUGGGCUCCCACUGCGGCUGCAGUAUCGGUGAGGAUGGUCCCUCCCAGAUGGGCCUGGAGGACAUUGCCAUGUUCCGCACCAUCCCGGGCGCCACCAUCUUCUAUCCCUCUGAUGCGGUGAGCACGGAGCGUGCCGUCGAACUGGCCGCCAACACCAAGGGUGUCUGCUUCAUCCGUACGUCCCGACCCAACACCUGCGUGAUCUACGGCAACGACGAACCCUUCACCAUUGGCCGCGGAAAGGUGGUGCGCCAAAAGAGCUCCGACGAGGUGCUCCUGAUCGGAGCUGGAAUCACUUUGUACGAGUGCUUGGCUGCCGCCGAUCAGCUGGAGAAGAACAGCAUCACCGUCCGUGUGAUCGAUCCCUUCACCGUGAAGCCCUUGGACGCCGAGCUGAUUAUCGAGCACGGCAAGCAGGUCGGAGGACGUGUGGUCGUCGUGGAGGAUCACUACCAGCAAGGUGGUCUGGGCGAAGCUGUGCUGAGUGCCCUGGCUGGCGAGCGCAACUUCGUGGUCAAGCACUUGUACGUGCCCACCGUUCCACGUUCGGGUCCUCCGUCAGUCCUGAUCGAUAUGUUCGGCAUCUCCGCCCGCCAUGUCGUCAACGCCGUCAACCAGAUCCUCAAGGAUUAAGGGACGAGACUCAAAUGGUCGUCAUCUGGCUACAUUCAUUUACCGCCUACAGGAAUUCCCCCAGUUACUACUUACUUCUACUAUUACCCAUACCAUUCCCUCUAAGAUUGUUAAUUACUUUCGCUGAUUUGAUCCUUAACAUCAUGAAAAUAAAAUAUCUUUUAUAAAAAUA